AUGGCUCCGGCACCAAGCCCUUGCUCUUUCAAAUGCUCUACCACCUCCAGAGUUCCCUUUUGGAUGCUCGUCUGGCUAACCUGCUUGUCUUUGAAGAAUGUACAAUGUACGUCUGCUCCGGACUCUGCCAACACAUGGCUGCCGUGGGCUCAAACUAUGCAAGAAUCGGACUCCCCGCAAGAUGUCCUCGAUUUCGUCACUCUUCCAUUGCCGGAUUCACAUCCCAUCGACCCUGACAUCGAUUUGCGUGAAUCUGAUUUCGAUCGAAAUCAACUUCAUUUCGUCAGUGGUCCAUGGCCGGGAUCGCAUAGUCAGCGGCCAGAAAGUGAUUCUCAUCCCGUUCCCCAUGAUAUUGAUGCGCGUCCGCGGUCUGAAACGGACUCCCGUCAAAAUCUUCUGGAUAGUCCACGGCCGGAAUUGGAUCCCAUUUCUCAUGAAAUUGCCUCGCGCACGCCUCCUGAAUUGGCUUGGCUUCAAGAUAACAUCUAUUUUGACGAUAGCCCAUGGCCGGAAAUUGAAACUCAUUCCAUUCCCGAUGGGAUCAACCCGCAUACACCACUUGUUCAACACGACCGGCCAAACGAACUGAAUAAACUUGAAAUCCCAGGAAGAGAAAGUAUGGAAACCGACAGCGAUGAUGAUGAGCUUCCUUUUGAAAUUGUCAGCUAUGAGCGGCCACCAGAAAGCGAAAGAAGAGUGAUCUUUGAAGCGAUCCGAAGUAUGAAGCAAACCAACGGAGGCAAGUUAGUUAAUGACGAGCGGGAAGACGAAUACAAGAUUCUUAAGAUAAGCGAGGAUCAAACCUUCCACUUUAUUUCUCAAGUGGUACAGAAAAAAAAAUAA